AUGGAUGGAACGGUGGAAAAACGAAAAGAGAGUAUUAGUAAUAAUCCUGAUGAAACUCACAACGAAGAAAAUGGCUGUAUUGACGAUGCGGGCCCUGCAGGUGCCACCUUACAAGCUGGAAAAGACACGGCCACCCAGGCAUCAACUACAAUACCACAAUCAGAUGGUGCAGGGGUUACUCUACUAGCAAAAGCAUCGCGAGAAACUGAACUGAACCCAAAGCAAACCAAAGACAACAUCGAUGAUGGACUCCUUUUCAAAGAAGCUGGACUCGAUAUUCUUAUCCCAUAUAUCCCUAUCAUUCCAAUCCUCAUCAGUAUCUUCAUCCCUAGUUUCUUGAUCUGGAAGUUUCUUUAUCCAAUAUUGUUCGACAAAAGAAGAAGAUAUAGAAGAAUGCACCAAAUGUCCGAUCCCCCAUUAGAAGAGAACAUCUUUGAACACAUAGAACAAGCAGCGGAUUUGCCGCCUGUUUCCUAUGGGUACACCAUGAUAAAAAAGGGACAUCCUAGAUUUUCGACAAGAAGGACUAAAAAAGGCGUUAAACGCACUAUUAUUGAUAUUCAUUUGGAAGUCUUGAAUGAAUGCCAGAAUGGGGAUUCGGACUUAGCCAAGGGAGAAUUCCUCGAAAUACUCGUAAACGAGUUCAUGGGAGAGAUCAUGCAACCGGAACAAGAGUUAACAGAAGAAGAAAAUAUGGGUAGAAACUCAUUAGAUAUUCCUUCAUGUGACCAUAUAUCAAACCAGGAACGAACAAAGAAUCUGGACUUAGGAAUGAUGAUUUUAAGGAGAAUAACAUAA